AGUGCGGCCGGCGCUGGUACGGGCCGGGCGCAUUACCGCAGGCACCCGGGCCGCCCGCCGCCGCCGCCCGCGCUCCGGCGCCGCCGCCGCCGCCACUGCCGCCAGUCGAGCGCCCGACAGCGAGUGGGGAGGAGUGGGGAGAGCGCGCGGGGACCCGCUCGGUGAGCCGGUGUGUGCGAGUGCGCCCGGCGUCUGGAGCGCGUGCUGCCGCCAUGGUGUCCCUCGACCAGGGCGGUAAAGUGGACAAGGCGGCCAGUGAGAAGGCCGCCGAGACGGCCGUCAAAAGUGACAUCAAGUCGUGCCCUAACAGUGCCGAUGGCGAUACCGUGUCCGACGGCCGAACGGACGAACCGGAGGCCGAUUUCGACGAUUUUGUGAUGACAGUGACGGGCAAAUCGCGGCUGGUGCGCGGCCGCGCCUGGAAGAAGUGCGGCACCGAAGAGUACGUGCGCUACAAGUGUUUCGAUGAUGGAGUGGAGUAUCUGCCCGGAGAUUCCGUCUACAUCGAAAGCCAGCAGAAGGAUCAGCCGUACUUUAUCUGCACGAUCCAGGACUUCAGAAGGAGCAAGCGGGACACUCUGAUGGUGAACAUCAAGUGGUUCUACCGUGUGUGUGAGCUGCCGGAGAACGUGUACCAGCUGCUGGUGCAGGACCGCACCACCGAGCACGACCCGGGACUGGCCGUCCACCAGCCGGCCGUCAAACACCGCGAGCUCUUCAUAUCGGACGCCACGGACACGUUCCCAGUGGCCGUGCUGAGGGGUCCAUGUAAGGUGAUCCACUACAGUGACAUCCACAAGGUGCGCGAGUACGCGCCCGCCAAGGACACCUUCUUCUACGUGCUCACCUACAACCCGGAGACUCGCAGACUGGCGUCCACUCAGGGGGAGAUCCGCGUGGGGCCGUCCCAUCAGGCCAAGCUGCCCGAGUACCGGGGCGGCCCCCACGCCGGCAUCCCGAGUCGUCCGACGGGCGCCGAGGAGCAGCGUCUCUGGAUGCCAGGCCGGGCGGCCGACUCAGACCUUAUGAUGUUCCUGCGCGCCGCCCGCUCCAUGGCCGCCUUCGCCGGGAUGUGUGACGGCGGCAGCACGGACGAAGGGUGCGCGGCAGCCGAGCGGGACGCCACCACUCAGAACGCGCUCGAUGUGCUGCACCAGGCGGGCUACGACCAGGGUCAGGCGCUACAGGCGCUGGUCAAGAGUCCGGUACCGGCGGGUGUCCACCAGCGCUGGGCAGAGGACGAGACGAAAAAGUUCGUGAAAGGACUCCGGCAAUACGGCAAGAACUUCUUCCGAAUAAAAAAGGAGCUCGUGCCCCAUAAAGAGACGAGUGAGCUGGUCGAGUUCUAUUACCUCUGGAAGAAGACGGCGGCCGCUCAGGGGAACCGGCCGAGGAACAUCGCGCGACACCGGCGCACCAACACCAUCCGGCGGAUACGCAGUCGGAAGACGGGCAACAAGACCCAGCGGGAGGACCCCGCGGCGGUCGGCUGUGACCUGAGCUCCACCAGUGAGGCAGAGGACGACUCUGAUGACUCUGACGCCCACACUCGCGACAUGUCGGCCUACCACUGUCGGCACUGCUUCACCGUCUCCUCAAAGGGCUGGCACCACGCGGGCAAGGAGCACGUCCUUCUCUGCACCGACUGCAGGGUGCACUUCAAGAAGUACGGCGACCUGCCCGUGCUGAAGGAGCCCAGACAGCCGCCCUCUCAGCUGCCUCCCAUCAAAGAGGAGGGCCGCAUGCGCACCAGGACACGAGCGAAAGAGCUGUCUCGGAGCCGCCGUGUUCGUCGCGGCAGUCGAAGCCGCGGCACCACGCCCUCCGACUCGGCCAGUACGGGCAGCAGUGGCUCCUCGGACAAAGUGCGGCCGACCGCCCCGGCGGCGCCACCGUCCGCCCAGGGAGCCGCCAAGAGGGCCGGCCCGCCGCCCGAGACCACAGACGAGGCCGGCACGCCCGAUAAACGACGCAGGACUACAGACACUUCGUGCGAGGACAGUCUGAGCGACUCGACCAGCGACCAGGACGCGGCGGAGGCCGAGCGGAGCUCGUCCCGCGCCUCCUCCACAGCCGUCCACGAGGAGACGGACGAGGGGACCCCGGCCCCAGUCCCUGUCCCUGUCCCGGCCCCGGCGGCUCCGCGGCCCGCCUCCGCGCCGGCCCAGACGGAGCCGCAGGAGCCGGAGCCGGCCGUGGCUCCCGCCGACCGGAGCCGACCGCCGGCAGAGGCUGCCGCUGCCGACCCGGCGCCCGACGAGGGAGGAGAGGCCCCGGAGGCGGCGGCACAGGCGCCCGAGCCGGCCACCGACCCCGGGCCGGACCCGGACCCGGAGCCGGACCCGGAGCCGGAGACGGAGCGGCGGCCGGUGGAGCCGCCGAUACCGGUCCAGGCCCAGCCGCAGCCGCUGACCCAGCCGCAGCCGCUGACCCAGCCGCAGCAUCAGCUCCAUGUACUACCUCAGCCGCAAAUACAGGCGCAACCGCACCCACAGCAGCGCUCUCUGCAACGCUCCCCGCUGCCGCCAGUACAGCCAGAGCAGCGUACCUCGGAACUGGGACCCCAGCCGAUAUUAGAUUCCGGUCGGGAGGCAGCGACAGCAGCAUCAACAGCAGCGGCGGCGGCGGUGACCGCGGCAGACUCUACUAUUCCGUUACUUCAGCGCACUCCGGACCGACCCAUUCAAACACAGCACCGAGACGUCGCGAUGGUUGAGCCAACACCCCGACCACAGCCGUCGGCGCCACCGCCGGGACUCCCAGCGUCCCAUCUCCCGCCGUCCCAUCUCCCAUCCUCUCACCUCCCGCCGUCCCAACUCCCAUCCUCUCACCUCCCGCCGUCACAUCCCCCGUCCUCUCACAUUCCCCCACCUCACCUCGCUCCCUCUCACAUUCCGUCACCUCAGCUGCCUCACCUGCCUCAGGCGGCCGCCGCUCCUCCAGCGGACGUCAAACCCACAGCGGCGCAGCUGCAGGCGGCGGCACUGGCGGCGCAGCAGCCGCCGUCAGCGGCGUACCCGGCGCACCGCUGGUCGUCCCCGCCGCCGGCAGACUGCGAGCCGCAGAAUCUGUCCAAGGUGAAGCAGGAGCCGCGGGAGGCGCCCGAGCCGGCCCGCCACACGCCCGUGAAGCGGGAGCCGGUGUCGUCGGGCCCGGCGGCCGCGCUGGGCGUGCUCUCCGUCACCACCACUCUGAACUCGGAGCGGGCCAUCGUGUCUGUGCCGUCCCUGCCGGCGCUGCAGUCACAUCCUUCAGCGCCUCACAUGCCGCCAAUGCCGCCUAUGCCUCCCAUGCCACCUAUGCCGAGUAUGCCGGGUAUGCCCGGUAUGCCGCCCGGUAUGUCACUACCCGGCGGGCCCGGUUCUCAGGGUAUGUACCCGCCGCACAUGUACGGAUAUCCGUACCCGUAUCCGUACCAGCGGUACGCGCCGCGGCCGCCGCUCGGAGCUGGACCUCUGGGAGAGACUCUCGAUCUGAGGAAGACUGAGAGCAAGGAAGGCCCGCCGAGGUCCUCAGAAGAACCCCAGGCGCUGGUCAGCUCCUCUGCCACGUCACGGCCUCCGAGCGUAUCAGCGGUGUCAGCACUGACACCAGCCGUGUCAGCUGUGUCGGCGGCUGUCUCAGCGGGGGUGCCGACGCCCGUGGGACUGGCGCUGACGCGCCCCAGCCUGGCGCCGGUGUCCCAACCGGCCCCGGAGCCGGCGGUGGUCCCCCCGGCCGGAGCCCCCAGCGGCCCGCCGCCGGCCGCCGCCACCUCUGUGAUCGCUCACGCCGCCGCUCGACCGGCCUCGCCGCCGCCGCCGCCACAGCAGCAGCCACUGGCGCUGUCCGUGCAGCCCCCGCGGCCGGCCGACGGACUGCCGUCCAGUCAGCCGCUGCCGCCCACACUGGCCGCCGCCGCCGCCGCCGCCCCGGCCCACGGCGAGUCCGGACCGGCCGAGGAGGAGGAGAGGCCGCCGACUCCGCGGCCCGCCAGCCCGGAGCCUGUGCUGGAGGACUCCGAGUGCCACCGCAGCCAGAGCGCCAUCUUCCUGCGCCACUGGAACCGCGGCGAGGGCAACAGCUGCGCCCGCACCGACCUCACCUUCAAGCCGGUGCCGGACAGCAAGCUGUCGCGCAGCCGGCAGGAGCGGCUGAGGAGGCAGACGGAGCGACAGGAGAAGGAGGAGAGGGAGAAACAGCAGCAGCAGCAGCAGCAGCAGCAGCAGCAGCAGCAGCAGCAGCAGCAGCAGCAGCAGCAGGCGCGGAAGGAGACGUCGGGUCGCGACUCGGCGUCACGAGAUAAGGGCCCGUCUCGUACACCGCAGCCAGGGGAGCACGACCGACUGGGCGGACGGCUGCAGGACCCGGCUCUCAUCCGACGCAGCGAGUACAGCCUGUCGGGCCGGCCGGUCGGCUCGCCCGUGGGCAUCCCCCUCUCCUCCAGCGGGAUGGCACUGCCGCCCCACAUGGACCCCAUGUACGCCAUGGCGUCAGCGCUCCACCCAGGCGCAAUGUACCCGAGGGACAGGAUGGAGCUAGAGAUGCUGGAGCGCCGCGAGCGAGAGCUGCGGGAGCGGGACUUCAGCGCCCGGAUCAAGGAGGAAAUGAUGAGAGCACGACCGUUCGACCCGCACUGGAUCGAGAUGCAGAGGCGUCAGCUGAUACCGGGUCUGUUCGGCCCGCCGGGCCCUGGCCCGCUGUACCCGCCGCCUCCACCCUCGCCCGCCGUCCUCUCGGCCCUGGAGGCGCGCGAGCGGGAGGCCCGGCUGGCAGCGGCCAGCGGCGGCGGCGGAGGCGGCGGCGGAGGCGGUGUGCCGCUGCCGCCCUCCGACCCGGCCGACCGGCUCGGCAUGCAGAUGGUCAACGCCGGCCUGCUGCCGCCCGACUUCCACCAGCACCAGCACACACACGCGCACACACACCUGCACGUGCACCCGAACGAGGCGGGUCUGCCGCCGGCGCCACCGUCGGGUCCCGGCGGCCCGCCGCGGCCCAGCCUGCUGCCGCCGCGGCCCGGCGAGCCGCCGCUGUUCCACGGCCUCUACCCGCCGCCCGGCCUGCCGCGCUCCUACGAGGAACAGCUGGUUCAGCUGUCGGCGCACGCGGCCGCUCAGGAGCACAUGCAGCGUCAGCUGCUGGAGCGGGAGCGGAUGGGUCUGACGCCGCUGGGUCACUCUGUGCCCACCUCCCUGCACCCCUCGCUGCUGGCACAGCACCAGCAGGAGUACCUCAGAAUGCAGCGCGAGCGCGAAAAGCGGUAAUACCGUGGGAAGAACACCAGAUUCGUAGUUUUCUUUACUAGCGCUAUUUACAGUUUCGCCGGGAAGAAUACAUCAAAAUGGUACAGCGUUCUCCGGGACUGUUGGCACGGCUGACAUCGUGUCGGCUGCUGGUGCACCCGGAGUGUAUUUUGUGCCGGCUCUCGGCUGGUGGGCAGGCUCCGUGUCAUUGGCCGGCGCAGGUACAAAGGAUGCCGGCGUGGCGGCUCGCCCGACCCGCCGGCACCGGAAGACCUGUGACUGACCCGGCUGACCACCAUCGGUGGAAUAGCUAGUGACAGAGUCAUUUUGUUCGGUUAGAUCUCCUUUGUUUUAGAUGCUCGUUUAGGGGUCAUCCGAAAGCCAUUUUGUUUGGCUUCAUAACAUAUUUAUCAACGAGACAGUACACGGCUCCAUUUUUGGCGUUGUAGUCUGUGAUUCAGAUUACUGAUGGGGCGAUGUGGCGCCCAAAGAUGUAGUGUGUGUGUGUGAAUGUUGUCUGUGUCCCGGCACCGCCAGUUGAAGGUCGUAAUGAUAAUCGAUUGUACGUAACGACGCAAGUGGUGAGAGUGCGUAAUUUAUCUAUUUUGUACCAUGAUAUUGGAACUUUCGCUAAUAUCAUUGUGAAAUAUCA